AUGAAUACUAACGCAUUGCGGGCGUAUUUUAGGGCGAAAGGGGGAGAAGUUGGAGGUUUGUCGUAUCGGGCUAGGAUGCAUUGUCUUUUUGCUAAGCUGGCGCCAUCUUUAACCGUCACAGAGCAAAACCUGGCAGACCGAGUUCGGUAUAUCUUGCGCUCAAAUAUAUUUGAUGUCGCCGAACUCGAACGACUACGAUGUGAGGCUGUUCCGUCAUUGGAUGAAAAUGCUACGGCUGAGGAUGCGGCGCCACUAAUUUCAGAGCAACCCGCAAACGUGGAUGCCGCCGUGAAUACCCCAGUUGUGGUUGAUUCAAACGAUGAUGGAACAGUCACCCAGGAACUAUAA